GUGUGUGCGGCUGGCUUUGGAAAGAGAAAGGCGAUUCCAGAAAAUCCAGACAUUAGUGAAUUCAAGUGUUAUGUCUCCGAUUAUGUUAAAGUGAUGCGCAGUUACAGUGCAAUCAAGAUCAUUUCUCUCGUUUCCAGAUUAGUUUGUUAACUUUGGCGGUAUUUGACGUAUCGCAUGCAAUCUUGAAUAUUUCGUAAUUCAACAAUGGCAUUAUCGAGAAUCGGCACGUUGGAUAUGUUGAAUACUUUAAUUCGCAUUCCACGCACAGCACCUUUGGAAAUACAGUAUGCAACUCCAGCAGCGAUUCAUCGGAAGCAGCAGGCAUUGCACGUGACGAGUGUACGUCAUUAUCCAGAUCCACCGAUACUCGAUUUACCAAAUAAUGUCUGCGACAUCUUCGCCAACGAGACCGGUCGCUUCACGCCAGAACGUGUGCGCGAUGUCGCUCUAUAUACCGAGAAAAAUGGCAGCGCAAUCGUGUCCAUGGUGAAUUGCUCCGGUUUUCCCAAGAUUCGCGAUAAUGGCCAUAUGGAUUCGUACGAUUGUUUCGGCGCCAUCAGUCUAAACGGCACGAUGCAGAGCAACGUGCCAAAGCCCUUUUCAUCACAUGGCAGAUCCAUGCAUCUCAACAUGCCUGGUGGACAAUGGUCUCGCAGCGGCAAAUACAUUGCCGAGGACAUGCAGCGCUCUCAUUAUCGCAAACUGUCGUAUGCUGCAACUAAUAUCUUCAUAACGAGUCCUCUUUUACGAACGACAUGCUGGCCAAAUUGUGUCGUCAGAAUGAGUUAUUCGACUGAUGGCUUCCAGGCGCCAAAGGGCGCCAAAAAGGAUUUGCUGACACCAUUGGCGAUCGCUAGCAUGCCAAAGCGGGAAAGAUUUCGCCUGAUGUUGCGGGAUUAUGGUGGCACUCUCCUUGCUGUGCACAUUACUUUUUCGCUGAUAUGUCUCGGUUGUUGUUACAUGGUGGUCAUUAGUGGAAUUGAUGUGAUGCCUUUUGUACAGAAGUGGACAAAUGGAAAUGAGCAAAUCGAUAAAGUGCUGAAAACUUCAACGGAUUUCAUUUUAGCGUACACCGUUCAUAAACUACUUGCGCCUAUUCGAAUAUCGUUUUCUCUGUCUGUAACUCCAAUAAUAGUAAAACGUCUAAGAAAAAUCGGCUGGCUCAAAAUGCCGAAAGUAAAAACUUCGUAAAGAUCUAUAUUUAACUAUUAAUUAUUAUUUCUUUAAAAUAUCUCUUGCAUGUUAAAAUAUAUCAUGUCACAUUUGGACAAGAGGUGACCGGUGCAACGAUAAAACACUAUUAAAUUUGUUAUAAAAAGAAAUUUAUGGUGAUAUUUACCAAUAUCAUAUGACAUAUAUACAUAAGUUUUCUAGAAUAAUAUUUGU